AUGCAGUUCUUCACCGACAUAAUCUUCAGGCAAACCUCCUUGCUGUCUUUGUACCCAGUUCACAAAUUCUUGGCGUUCUGCGAUGAUUACCACAUAAGUGUGGACUGGUCGGCUGUGGCGCAUCCACAAAUGAAUGGUCAAGUGGAACGUGCCAACAGCAUGAUCCUACAGGGCCUCAAGCCAAGGAUCUUCAACAAGCUGAACAAGUUUGGCCGGAGAUGGCUCACAGAAUUACCCUCGGUCAUCUGGAGCAUAAGAACAACCCCGAGCAGAGCUACUGGCUUCACCCCGUUCUUCCUUGUCUAUGGCGUCGAGGCCAUCCUCCCUACUAACUUGGAGUACGGGUCCCCGAGGCUCAAAGCUUACCAAGAGCAGCAGAACCAGCAAGCCCGUGAGGACUCACUAGAUCAGGUGGAUGAGGCUAGAGAUGUGGCGCACCUACACUCAGCGCGGUACUAG